UAUAUAAACUUUCGAAACUUCCCAAUCAGCCUCAGUAGCACGUUGUCAGUAACAAGCAUUGAACAGGCAGUUACAAGAACAGCGAAAAUUUUCAUAGAUGAUGAAAUUCACUCUACUUCUUUGCCUGCUGAGCUGCUGCGUGUCCAUCUUCAGUGCCCGCUUACCGAGAGAUUUCAGCGUCUGCAGGACUUCCCAUAACAGUCACCGCUACUCACGAUCGAUCAUCGCAGAGCGGAUUCGGACGCAGAUUUGCAAUCCGGACAUUGAAUAUUCUUGGUGUGGGAUUGUGGGCAAAGUCAUGCCCAUUAUGUGUGUGUUUUUCAACGAACCAACCACUUCACUGGUGAAAAGAACUUAUACAGACAACGUGCUGAGAGAGCUAGAAGACUUAUCAGAACCCUGGAACAGUUAUGAGGAUCUACUGGAUCAACGAGAGGUGAAUCUGGACGGGUUGAGCAUGAAGCCUAAAAGAUACCAGAGUGAGCCCAACACCAUCGGACAUGAAUGCUGCACAUACAACUGCUCGGCCAAUUACAUUUUGGAUCAUUACUGCGGCAAUUAGAGUUAACAGUGAACAUUUGCUUCCUUUAAAGCUUAAAUUUUAGUUUGACAAAUAAAGCACUUUUUCUGCAGAAA